AUGCGCCCCUCAUUCCGCGCCCAUACCUCGCACGGCCCGCCCCGCUCCCCCUUGCCCACUCCCCACUCCCCUCACCGGAACCUCUGUGCAAUCACCCCCUCCUCUCACGAACCAUACACUCACUGUCACAAUAUCAUUCCCACUCAUGCACCUAUCACUCACCCUUUCACUCCCAUUGCUGUGAUGUUCUUGUCUCAUGUGCCUCCUGGUCCCAUCCGCCCUCCUCGCCCCACCCCCCUCCACACCAGCCUCCACGAGCGUGAGCGCUUACCGGCAGCAGCGCCACAGGGGGCAGCGUGGGGUCAACCGCGAGGCAGUGUUGCUGCAGCAGCACCAUCAGAACCACUCCCCACCGCCGAGCCGGCACCCAAACCCACAGCAGCUGCAGCAGCGGCAGAAAAAAUGGCGGCGGCAGCAGCAGCAAGGGAAGAAGCGGAGGCGGUGUGGGCGAGAGCAGGCGAGCAGGUGGGCGGCGGCGAGGUGCAGCGCCUCAUGGCGCCCCUCUCCCGCCUCAUGGUGCCCCUCUCCCGCCUCAUGGCGCCCCUCUCCCGCCUGCUGCUCGCCCUGCAGGGGGGGGGGAGAGGGGGAACGGGGGGGGCUGGGGGGGCUGAGGUUAUGCGAGGGGACGAUGAGGUGGGGGGGGAGGGUUGGGACGGAAGAGAGGGAGAACAAGACGGAGAGCGGAGGAGAGGAGGAGGUGAGGAGGGUGGGGAGGAGGGGGAAGGGGAGCGAGCAGUGGGGUGGGUGGAGCGAGUGGUGAGGGCGCGGGGCAGAGCGGUGAGGAAGAAGCGAUGGCGGGCGACGAGGCGAGCACAGCAGACAGUGGCAUGGCAGCAGUGGGCCCUGUGCAUGGGUGGGUCGUGCUUCUCCCCCCGCUCCCCACUUUCUUCUCUACUGCCUUUCCCACUUAUUUCUUCCCUACUAGCCGACCCGUCCCCCACGAUCCCCCUCUCAUCCAACACCCCCCUCCCCACCUUUCCUCUCCACACCCCCCUUUCUCACGGGUGGCCGCUAUGUGGGCGUGCGGGGUGCCGUGGGUGGGUGGGGCAGAGGGAGGAGCAGCGGCAGGUGGUGGAGGCGAGGAUAGACGCGUGGAGGGCGCGGGUGAUGGAGAGAGAUGCACAGGCGAGCAUGGCACGCCAGCAGCAGACGGAGGAAGAGGCCAGGGAGAAGAGGGAGCGAGCCCAGCUGCAGAAGCAGGUGCAGUGCGGUGAAAGCAGAAUCGAGGGGGGGGGGGGGGGGGGGGAGGGGGGGGAGGGAGGAAGCAAGUGCAGGGGCCUGGGCGUACGGCUCUGCUACUUUCACCUGGGCGUAUAUUGGCUGCUCUCCUUCCGUCCUCCUUCCUCCCCCUCCCUCGCCACUCUCCCCCUUCCCUCCCCUCUCACUUCCCCGUCUCUCCCUCCCCCUUCCCUCCCCCAUUUAAUUCCCCCUCUCUCUCCCCCUUCCCCUCCCCCUUACUUCUUCCUCUCUCUCUCCCCCUUCCCCUCCCCCUUACUUCCCCCUCUCUCUCUCCCCCUUCCCCCCCCCCUUACUGCCCCCCCCCUCCCUCCUUCUUCCCUCCCCCAUUACCCCCGUGCACCGGGCGCACGGCCCCCAGGUGGAUGCACUGAUGCUGGUGGCGCGCCUGAGGGAGCUGCGGCGCCUGCGAGGGCUGCGCGCUCGCAAACGCGCCUUGCAACCUGGUCCAAGGCUGCUGCUGCUUUCCGGCACACACAGAGAGACUCCGCCCCUCUCUUGCCCAUUCUUUUCUCUCCCCCCUCGCCCUUCCCCGGUGUUCUCAUGCCCUGCCGUGUGGUGGGUGGGAGCACCCUGGCAGGGCGGGUGGUGGAGGGCGACGAGGAUGCGUUCAUGCGCGCUGUGAGAGAGGCCGUGCGGGAGGAGGACUCACGGGGGGUUGUGCACGAACUCAAGGAGGGGAGGGGAGGGGCGGAGGGGCACGAGAAAGGGAGGGGAGAUGGGGAGGAGGCCGAGGGAGGGGAGAGGGGGUGUGGAGGAGGAAGCAAAGCUGAGAGCAUGCGUGUGGGAACAGCGGGCAGCGGAAGCGAGAACGGCCGUUGUACCUUAUCACCCUCUACGCGCUCUCGUCUCUCACACCCAUCAGCUCCUCCCGCCGACCUCCUCCUUCAUGCUUGA